AUGUAUCUCAGAGAACAGACUAGGCCUGUCAAGCAUGUGUCUUUUGACCACAGUGGCUCUCACUUGGCUGUUUCUUGCUCUGAUGGCAUGGUAUACAUUUACUCGCUGAGUUCAGAAGAGCCAAAACUUGUCAAACGACUCGAUGGUCUGAUCAAGAUCAUGGAGACAGACUCGCAAGCCAGCUCAAAGAUCACAUGGCACCCUGAUGGACGAGCAUUCUGCGCUCCUACGCCCACCAAGACUAUACAAGUGGUCUCAAGAAGUGACUGGACCAACCAAAAGAGCUUCAAAGCUGAUGGACGAGGAGAUAUUACUGCUGUAACUUGGUCACCGAAUGGAGCUCUACUUGCUACAGCUAGUGACGACCUCAGCAUCAUCUUGUGGAACACCUCGACGCAGCAGCCCGUACUCAAAUUUGACAGCGACCGUGAGCCUGUGUUGGCUCUUGCCUGGCACCCCACCGAGAACCUUUUGUCAUACACCACCAACGAUGGAGAGCUAUAUAUGCACACAGAUAUCAUACCGCAGGAACAUGAACAUCUGCUCCGAAAGACACUCGUAUCCGCACCUUUCCUAAACGAUCGUCCUGCUGAGGACGCCACGAGAACUUUGGUGAACGGUGGCUCCAGACCUGGUGCUCAGCGUAGAGCAGGAACUCCUGACUCGCUCGACGACAUUCUAGGAGAUGAUGGGCUGUCCGAGAAUGGAGAUGCCUUCAUCGUAGACGACGACGGUGCAGGAUAUGCCGAGGAAGUCAAUGGCAACGGCAAGCGACCCGGAGAACAUAUCGCAUACCCACCAUCGAAGAGACCUCAACAAUACGGCAGUGCUAGGUGGCAACCUCGUCUACACGAACCCUUCCAGCCGGGUAGUACCCCUUGGAGAGGCAAUCGUCGUUACAUGUGCCUGAACCUGACUGGCUUCAUCUGGACGGUCGACCAAGACACCCAUCACACAGUAACUGUCGAGUUCUACGAUCGUGCCGCCCACCGCGACUUCCACUUUACAGAUCCUUUCCUAUACGACAAGGCCUGUCUUGGCGAACAUGGUGCAGCCUUCUCCUGCCCAUCCUCAGACCAACAUCCCAGUCUCGUUUACUUCCGCCCGCACGAAACUUGGACAUCGAGAACAGACUGGCGAACACAGUUGCCUGCAGGAGAGGAAGUCACAUCCCUGAGUCUCAGCACGAGUUUCGUGGUCGUCACUACCUCAAAAGGAUACGUCAGAGUCUACACAUUGUAUGGACUGCCUUUCAAAGUGUACAGACANAAAAGCACUCCAGCUGUCGCAUGUGCCUCCUGGCGCGACUACAUCNNCCUCACCGUAGGAAACGGACCCAUCGGCGGCGACGGCACAGCAAAACUCGUCUACACGAUUGAAAACGUAAAGCGCGACGAAGUCUGUCAAUCUGAAGACAUUCUCCCUCUGCCCGAGCAAUCAGAACUACAAUCGGUUUUCUGGUCUGAUAGAGGCGACCCCUGCAUCUACGACUCAGAAGGCGUGCUGUUAGUAUGUCUGCACUGGCGAACACCCGGUCAAGCAAAAUGGGUCCCUCUGCUCGACACUGCCCAACUGGAUCGCCUAGCCUCCGGGCGCAAGGAAGAAGCCUACUGGCCCGUCGCAGUCGCCAUGGACAAAUUCCACUGCAUCAUCCUCAAGGGUGGAGAAAAGUACCCUUACUUCCCUCGUCCACUACUCUCCGACUUUGAGUUCAAGAUCCCAGUCACAGCUCGCGACGAGGAGAAUCAAGAUGAAAACGAGGAAAGCGAUGUUCAGAAGCUGGAAGAGCAGUAUGUGCGCAACUCGGUCUUGUUGGGCUUGCAGGAUGACUUGGUUAAUCACACGCACGCCACACAUGCGCANAAGACGGAAGCUGCGCAGCGUGAGCUUGACGUCGACAAGGUUUUGUUACAAUUGCUGGCUGCAGAGUGCAGAGAAGGUGAAGAGAGAGGUAUGAAGGCGCUAGAAUUGGUCAGCUUGAUGAGAGACAGAUCGGGCAAGAUGCUCGAAGCGGCCGUCAAGAUUGCAGCGAGAUUCGAACGUGACGUGUUGGGAGAGAAGAUUUCUGCGCUUGCGGAACGGAGAUUGGUUGGUUUGGCUGAUGAAGAGGAGGUACUUUGA